AUGUCAGGCAAGAAGAACAUCCUAUUGAUGGUCGCCGAUGACCUCGGCAAGCAGCUCGGUUGUUAUGGAGCUUCAACUAUUCAAACCCCGAACAUCGAUCAUCUAGCGGGACAAGGCACGAGAUUUGAGUACGCCUUCGCGAGUACUGCAUCUUGCAGUGGGAGUCGCUCUGUUAUCUACACAGGUCUCCAUACUCAUCAAAAUGGCCAAUAUGGGCUUGCCAGUCACCGCCAUCAUUUCGUUACAUUUGAUCACGUCGAGACGGCACCCCAGCUGUUGAACGAAUGUGGCUAUCGGACCGGAAUUCUAGGCAAAAUUCAUGUCGGACCCUCCGCAGUCUAUCCCUGGGAAGUGAAAAAAGAGAGUGAAACGAGGGAUGUUGCCGUUAUCGCCGACCAAGCAAGGUACUUCUUCCAGGAUUCGCAAUCCGAUGAGAGACCUUUCUUCCUGACUAUUGGUUUUCACGAUCCCCACCGCGAUCGCACGAGAGGCGGCUUUGGAAAUGACCAGGUGUAUGAUCCUCGAAUCCAGAAGGGGAACUAUAAUCCAGAAGAUGUCGAAAUCCCACCAUUCAUCAACGACUCUCCCGGUACCCGAUAUGAGCUGGCCGAGUACUACAGCUCCAUCCACCGGCUUGAUCAAGGCGUUGGGUUCGUUUUGGAUGCCCUGACAAAAGCCGGUCUUGCAGACUCGACUUUGGUGAUCUUCAUCAGUGACAACGGACCGCCUUUUAUCAAUUCGAAAACUACCCUGUUCGACGCGGGUGUCCGGCUUCCUCUCAUUAUCAAGCAUCCAGACAUCAAGCCCACGGUCAAUGAUGACAUGGUUUCAUAUAUCGAUAUAUUGCCUACUUUGCUCGACUAUGUUGGGCAUCCAGGUGUAGUCGACCCGGCUAAGAAACGACUAGGUCGCUCAUUGCUUCCUAUUCUUGGCAGUAACGUGAGGCUCUCGGACUGGAACCAGGUCUUCGGCUCGCAUACAUUCCACGAAGUGACAAAUUACUGGCCAACGCGAUUCAUUCGGGACCGACGUUACAAAUACCACCGCAACCUCGCAUGGCGUUUGGACUUCCCAUUUGCUGCUGAUCUCUACGGGUCUCUUUCCUGGGAAGAUAUUCGCAACUCAGCAGACAACGAAAUCACAAUCGGCGGCCGGAAGCUAAAGGAUUAUUUCUUCCGAGCGCCGGAGGAGCUAUUUGAUUUGGAGAACGAUCCAAAUGAAGUCAACAAUCUCGCAAAAGACCCAGCGUAUUCUGCCGUAUUGAAUGAUUUGAGAGGGAAGUUGGAAGAAUGGCAACGUCGGACGGAAGAUCCUUGGUUAUAUCGGGAUGGUGUUUCAACCUGGUUUAUUCGAUAUCAUUUUCCAGCUGGGCUGAAGGUUCCGAAUCGAUUGGACUUUGAUAUUGACCGGCCAGGCAAUCGAAAUGAAAAGCCCUUUGAGGGAAAUGGACCUUGGGGUGCUGAAAUGGAUGAUUCAAGUACUGGCUGA